ACCCCGGGUUUUCUGCGCAGCGGCGUGGGGAGAAUGAGCCGCAUCUAUCAGGACAGCGCGCUGCGGAACAAGGCGGUGCGGAGCGCACGGCUGCCCGGGGCCUGGGAGCCCUCCACCCACCAGGGGGCGGACUCUCACCUGGCCCAUGGAACUUCACCAUUCUUUCAUGAGGACUGGCAGAACGAGCCGAUCCCUCCUGUUCCUCAUCCCCAGGGGCAACGGCGUCCUGCUGGAGGGAGAGCUGGUUGAUGUAUCUCGUCACAGCAUCCUGGACGCGCAUGGGAGGAAGGAACGCUACUACGUGCUGUACAUCCGGCCUAGUCGCAUCCAUCGCCGUAAGUUUGACCUCAAGGGAAAUGAAAUCGAGCCCAACUUCAGCGCCACCAGGAAGGUGAACACGGGCUUCCUCAUGUCAUCCUACAAGGUGGACGCCAAGGGGGACACUGACAGGCUGACACCCGAGGCCCUGAAGGAGCUGGUCAAUAAGCCCGAGCUGCUUGCACUGACACAGAGCCUCACCCCCGAGCAGACAGUGGCCUUCUGGAUGCCUGAGUCAGAGCUGGAGGCGAUGGAGCUGGAGCUGGGGGCCGGGGUACGGCUGAAAACUCGAGGCGACGGCCCCUUCCUGGAUUCAUUAGCCAAACUUGAGGCUGGAACAGUGACCAAGUGUAAUUUUGCUGGUGAUGGAAAGACAGGGGCAUCGUGGACAGACAACAUCAUGGCUCAAAAGUCUUCAGAGGGGGCCUUGGCGGAGACCCGCGAGCAGGGGGACGGGGCAGAGGACGACGAGUGGGACGACUGAGGUUAGUGGGAAAUGGAGUGUCUCCGGGGCCCACCAGCACUGUUGAGAAUUUCUUCCACCGACUUCAAUUCUGGAGCUCGAGGAAGCAGCCUGCCCAGUUCUUCCACACAGCCGCCAUGGGACACCCUUUGCACAAGCUCUGCUAAGAUCAAAUCCAAGACCACGACGUUAGCGGUGGGGCCCCCACGCUGUGGCUCACGGAGGGUCCCUCCCUGGAUGUGAGUUUAGCCUUCUUAGACAUUUUCAUGCCGGCCCCUGCCCUGAGUGGCAGCCUUGUUUCUAGAGGCAGGUGGUGUGCGAGUCCCGGGGUGUGGGGGGGCAGUCAGAGGACCUGGACUUGGCUUUGGUGCUGAAUUGGGGAGCGUCUGUCAUCUGCAUGCAAAGUGGCUCAGCGAAGAAGUUAGCAGGGGCUCCUUCCUCUCUACCUCUGUCCUUGUACUUCCUGCUUUCCUUCCACACCUGCCCCACGCCCCACGGCUGAGUGCUGAGGUCUCUGCUCUCCUGCUCGAGCCUCCUGUCCCUGUGUCCUUUUCUUCCCCAGGGCCACCAGCUCUUUAUUCCUCCUCCGGUUCGCUGCUUCCUGUCCUGCCCGGCUGCUUUCCUGGGGAUGCUGAGCUCAGGUUUGCUUGGCUGUUCGCCGUCUCAGGCGUACUCUGUCAGGCCACAUUUUUGAUAACCCCUUUUCUGUUGUUGUUUUGUACCUUGGGAACUUUUCAUGAAUGAGUAAAUCUUCAGAAAAUGAUUCCUCUACACUGACUGGGUUAUUAUCUGGUGUAAACAGUCUUCCAGCUGAGCCAGGUCCCUAUAAGAAGGAAGCCAUUUCUUUUUGGUCGUGAGCGUUGCCUGACUGGGUAGUUGUGCCCACACCCAUAUCUGUGAAGCGACCUAGAGUUGAAAGCUACGUGUCCUAAGAGUGGGUAGGGACUUGGUGGCAGGUGAGUCCUGCUUCCCUCAGGGAAAAGGGGUGGUGGUGAACUCACAAUUAUUGAGUCCUCUGAUGUAUCAAACACAGCACUAGAUGCUUUCCAUGAUAAUAAUUACAGCCACUGACUGUUGAGUGCUUCCUGGUGCUAAAACCUGUGCCAAGCAUUUGCGGUAUCUUACUUAAUCGUCACAACAAUCCCACACGGCACAUAUGAUUAUUGUCCCCAUUUCCUUCCAUGUGAGGCUGAAGCUCAGAGGCUCCACUGAUAGAAUAUAGAGGAGAGAGCCAGGCAGUCAGAUUUCAAAUCCACAUUCCUAACUCCUGGAUUAUUCUGCUUUCACAUGCGAACUACAGAGGAGAAAUGGGGCCUCAGAGAUGUUAAGCGACUUGUCCGGAGUCACACAGCUAAUAAAUGGCGGAGCCAGAUUCCAAUCCAGAGCUGUCAGAAGCAAAGCAUAUGCUCAUUCCCCGUUCCCUGCUUCCUUGGCCUACAGAGGGGCCUUGGACACAGUGCCCCAGGCAGGUCCUGGCCCAGUGAAGCCGGGUUAUAUUCCCAAACAUUAGGGAACGUCCCUAAACCCGUGGCUGCUAGUCUGCCCAGGCUGAAGUCGGCUGUGCCGGUAUCAGCAGUUGAGUAGGUAGUAUUGUGUUUCCAGCAUUUGUUAUCAUGGCUCAGACUUUUGUUUGCUCUCCUGCAUGUCUGAGCCUGGGUUCAAUAAUCCGGCUGUGAGGCUUGGGACUCACACUUCAGUUGGGCCACCUGGUGCACUGCCCAUGGGUCUCUUCCGUUCUCGUUGCCCUUUUCCUUAUGAUCUCUCACCUCCAUAAUUGUAGAAGCCGCCUCCCUGGUGUCCUGUGUCUGAAUGGGCCUCGCUCCCUGUUGAGCAUACUGGGACCUCAACCAUGCAGGUGGCCAGGAUAGCCGGAGGAGAACUGGGGACACUGGUUGGGGGUAGAGGCACCCAGUGAGGGCAUCCUGCUGCCCAGAGUACUGUGGCCAAAGUGUAUGGCAAACUCCCAUGGGCAGGCCACCAUUCCAAACAAGGAGGCUCAGUGUGUCAGUGGGGGAAGCCCUGAGCAGCCAAUGGGCUUGUUGUCUUCCGGGGGCUCCUGUAAGAAAAAGGCCAUUUGGCUGGAGCUCAGAGAAUGGGUAGGGGUAGAGCUGUCUUUGAGAUGAGGCUGGAGAACGGACAUGGCAUCUUCAGCAUAAGCGUUUUGGGCCUUUAUCCUUAACAUCUUGGAAGCUAAUGGUCCCCUGCGGGAGUGAGAUCUGAUUCCUGUAUUUCAAAGGUCACUUGGCUACAGAGAAACUGGAGGCAAUGAGCCCAAUGAGGAGAUUGCUGCAGUUGUCAGGGUGAGAGUCUGGAGUGGUUUGGUCUAUAGCGGUGACAGUGGAGACAGAAAGAAAUUCAUGUUGACAGAGGAGGAAAGGGACCUUCCAGCAAGAGAACAGCACCAGCAAAGCCAUGGAGGUGGGGGGCGUGGCCUGUUCCUGGAAUAUGCAAUUUCUAUACAUGGUUGUUAUCAUACUAUCCCUACACAUGAAAUUUGAUCAUCUUUUUAAAAUUGUUAUAUAAUUACUUUCCAUAUUGCUGCAUAGUCUUCGUAACCAUUUGUUUUUUAACAUUGACCACCAUAGCUCUAUCACUGUCCAAUUUGGGGAUAAUUAAUUGGUUUGUUUUAGGAGCUAAUAUAAUUAAUGUGUCAAGAACUGUUUUAAAUUGUAUCUCCCCUCAAUCUCACCCACCUACCCACUUCCCUCCAUCCCUCCCUCCCCACUAUAUUUUUGAGUUAUUUCUUUAGGGACAGAUUUCCAGAAGUGGGAUUACUGGGAACCUAGGAAUUUUUUGUAAAGGUCUUGUUAUAUUGCCAAAUUGCUUUCCAAAAGGGUUGUUCUAAAUUAUAAUUUCACCAGCAGUGUAGGAGAGGACCAUUUUCAUUGUUACACUUGCUAGAAUUGGGUAUGAUAACAUUUUUAAAAAUUAUAUUUGAUAAGGUGAAAAUAAUACUUUAAAGUUAAUAUUUUAAUUUUAAUUAGCUUUGCCCCCCAUUAAUAGUGAGCUUAAACAUUUUUUUCAUUU